CCAAACACUCCCCCUUUUCUAGGGUUUCCAACGCCAAAUCCGAUCCUCUCCAAAAUCGCUCCCUCUUCCCCUCUCUAAUUCCCCUUUUCUCCCCCUCGAGAUCUCGCUACAAUCCACCCUCUUCUCCCUCUCCCAAACCCUAAUUUCGAUUCCUUGAUGCCAUUUUUGCUCGAGUUCUCGGUCCUCAUCGUCUAGGGCCGGCGCUGGGCGAGCGAUGUCGCAGCAGCAGCAGCAGAAGCAGCCGAGUGAGGCGGAGGACGAGGUGACGCCGACGAGCACGCUGUGGGUGGGGAACCUCGCGGCGGGCACCACCGACGCCGAUCUCAUGGCCGCGUUCGCGGCGCACGGCGCGCUCGAUUGCGUGGCGAUGCAGGCCGGGUCGCGGAGCUAUGCCUUCGUGAUGUUCCGGAGCGCCGACACCGCCCGCGCCGCCAUGGACGCCCUUCGGGGCUCUGUCAUCCGCAGGAGUGCCAUUAGGAUUCAAUUCUCGCGACCGGCAAAGGCAGUUAGGCAUUUAUGGGUUGGAGGUAUUAGCUCAUCUAUUACAAAGGAAAAAGUUGAGGAGGAGUUUUUGAAAUUUGGAAAGAUUGAAGAGUUCAAGUUCUUUAGAGAACGGAAUUCUGCUCUUAUUGACUACUACAAGAUGGAGGAUGCUAUCUCUGCUCACAAGAACAUGAAUGGAAAGCGUUUAGGUGGUGACCAAUUAUGUGUGGACUUUCAAAGAUCUCAACCGAUGAGAAAGGAAUGGCCUGAUCAUGACUUAAGAAAUGGACCUUUCAACAGUAGGGGCUUGGGACCUGCUGAUGUGACAGGGGGUUUCUAUGAUUCAGUGAACCAUGGACCAAGAAAAUAUAUGCCUCAUGGAGGACAAAGAGACAGCCGCCCUACCAAUGUUCUUUGGAUAAGCUAUCCGCCAUCUGUGCAGAUUGAUGAGCAGAUGCUUCACCGAGCAAUGAUUCUGUUUGGUGAAAUUGAGAGAAUCAAGUGUUUCCCGUCGAGGCACUAUUCUUUCAUAGAAUUUAGAAGUGUCGAUGAAGCUAGGCGUGCAAAGGAAGGCCUCCAAGGCCGCCUUUUUAAUGACCCUAGGAUUCAGAUUCUGUAUUCAAGCAAUGAACUUGCAGGACUCAAGGAUGAAAUCCUGCCUCCCUUUCCUCCACUUAGAGGGCCUGGACAAGACAUGUUUUACAAUGAAGGCCCUUUUGGGCCUCUGGACUUGGUUGGGUCCGGCCGUUCAAUGGGUCCGAACAAAUUUUCUGGGUCCUUUCCUAAUGGUGUCCCUGGCUCAAGUAUAUCAAUGAAACCAUUCGCGCCACAAGGAUUUGAUCCUCAUGAGGGAGGUCCUGAGCUCCAUGAAUUUGGUGGCGUGAUGCCAAAUUUUCCUGAUUCAAAUGCUAAUAAAUCUGGACCUGCCCUUUGGCUGCGGUCAUCCCCGUCAGCACCAGGAAUACUUCCUUCUCCAACAAGCCUUCGUCCAUCUUUUCAUUCAAUGCCUGGUGAAUGGGAUAGAUUGGACAUGAGAGAAACAAAAAGGUUGAGAAUGGAUGAUGAUGAUUUUGGGGACCUUUCCGAGUUUCCUCUUCUUGAGAGAGCUGCAUUUGGUCAAAGAUAUCUGAGUCCCCCCAUUCGAGUCCGUGGUGAGGUUCGUGAAUCCCCAGAUAGCGGCCACAUCUGGCGUGGUAUACUGGCCAAAGGCGGAACCCAUGUUUGUUGUGCUCGCUGUGUGCCAAUUGGAAAGGGCAUCACCUCUCCUUUAUCUGAUGUUGUUAAUUGCUCAGCCAGAACGGGUUUGGACAUGCUGACAAAACACUAUGCUGAGGCGAAUGGUUUCGAUAUUGUCUUCUUUCUACCAGAUAGUGAAGAAGACUUUGCUUCCUACACCGAAUUCCUCCGCUACCUGGGCCUUAAAAACCGUGCUGGGGUCGCAAAACUGGACGAUGGAACAACACUGUUCUUGGUUCCUCCAUCAGAUUUUUUGACUAAUGUGUUGAAAGUUAAAGGCCCUGAGCGUCUUUAUGGUGUAGUUUUGCACCUUCCCCAGCAAUCAACAGGCGCUGAGGCGCAAGAUUACCAUCAACUGUCCGCUCCUUCAUCGUCUAAUUACGUUGAUCGCCAUGAUCCACCUGUGUUAAACAAAGGGUAUAAUUAUGCCUCUCGGAAUGAAGAGCAAGAUAUUAGAAUUGGUUAUAAUAGGUCUUCUUCGCUCGAGCUACCAUUGCCUUAUACUCCAGGAGUUAUAAAGCCUCCGAGCGUGCAUCCCGAUGAAUUACGUGGUGUUCAAUCAGCUCCCCCAGAUCAUAGUAACAGCAGUCAUACUGCUGCACCUCAAGUUGGAUUAACCCCUGAACUAAUCGCUACUUUAGCUUCUCUUAUACCUGAAAAUAAACAACCAUCGGCUGCUGGUAAUGUUCACAUGCCACCAACCCCCACUAGUAAGGUAGUUUCAUCUUCUACUAAUGUGGUAAACGAUACACCAUCAUUGCCAUUUCAAGGCUGGAGCCAAGGGCAUCAAGCAAUAGAUCCCGUUAGUAAUAUCCCUCAGCAUUUUGUUAGUAAUAUCCCUCAGCAUUUUGGUCAACAGUUUAAUAGUGCACAAAUUCAGAAUGCAGCACAACCUCUUACUAUUUCCAAUACGGGACCGUUAAAUACUUAUGUUAUGCCGUCCCAAAAUGGACAAUAUUUACCCUCGCAGAGUAACCAGCAAUAUUUGUCUGAUCCUUCCAUGGCUUCUCAAAGCAGCUAUGGCAUGUUACAAACAGCCUACACACCUGGAGUUUCUUUUAACCAGCCAGUUCAGCAGCAGCUAAACCCUACUUCAAUGAUUCAGCCACAAAGUACUGUGCCAAUGCCAACUGAAAGGGUGAAUAUGGAAUUUGCAUCUCAAGGUACUCAGCUGCAGCUGCAAAAUGUUAUAUCUGGUGCUGGUCACGGCACUUCAGAUGGUGAUGCGGAUAAGAGUCAAAGGUAUCAGUCGACCCUUCAGUUUGCUGCCAGCCUACUACUCCAAAUUCAACAACAGCAACAAGCUGGUGCUCAGGGUGUGCAAGGAUCAAGGAAUUAACAGGGGGAAUCAUCUUCUAUUACAGGUAUUGUGUGCGCAAUUGAAACUAUUGAUUCAGUAACAAGGUAUCCCUAUUGAUUCAGUAACAAGGUAUCCCGGACAUCUGCGAUCGCUGGUCGCAAAAUUUCAUUUAGGCUAGCGGAUUUCAUGAAGAUUGAUGUGAUCGAAUUAUCGAACUUCAAUUUCUAUUUUAGUUGGUUCAUUAUGCGAGCUGCCAACUAUAUUUUUUCAUAGUAGAGGGGGUGAUGUUGUAGCUUAAUUGUGCUAGUGAGAUGAAGUAUACUAAUACGAAGUUUAGUCCAUAGGUGAAAUUUUCCCUGGAUCUCAUCGGGUUGUGUAUUCAUUUCCAAGAAUUUAAAUUCGCCAUAUGUUUCUCGUACGUUUAUUUUAUAACGAAUAACGAUCAUGAACUCGUUGCCUUAGUAA